GGAGGGAGUAACAGGGGGAUGGUAUCUAAUGAACAGAUGAAGGGAGAAGUAAACAUCUCCUCUGUGGCAGACUCUCAACAUGGGCACCUUAGGAUGGGCAGAACACACUUGUGUCUUCAGGAGACCUAACUCUGGUCCAGAGACCAAUGUUUGACUCCUUCCUGCUCUUUUGUCUGAGGACAGAGCUUCAGUUUCCAACAUUAGCCAUCCAGGGCAGGAUUCGCACUUCUACAAGGAGCCCUUCCUUUCAGAGACCCUGACCACUCACCUCCAUGGUACGAGGCAAUAAUACCCCAAUUUCAGAAUUUCUUCUCCUGGGACUAUCAGAGGAACCAGAACUACAGCCCAUCCUAUUUGGGCUGUUCCUCUGCAUGUACCUGAUCACUGUGUUGGGAAACCUGCUCAUCAUCCUGGCUGUCAGCUCAGACUCCCACCUCCACACACCCAUGUACUUCUUCCUCUCCAACCUGUCCUUGGUAGACAUCUGUUUCACCUCUACCACCAUCCCAAAGAUGCUGCUGAACAUCCAGACACAGAGCAAAACCAUCACCUAUGCAGGUUGCAUAACCCAGAUGUAUUUUUUUACAUUAUUUGGAGGUUGGGACCACUUCCUUCUGACCGUGAUGGCCUAUGACCGAUAUGUGGCCAUCUGUCACCCCCUGCACUACACGGUCAUCAUGAGCUCCUGGCUCUGUGGACUGCUGGUUCUGGUGUCAUGGAUCAUAAGUUCUCUGAAUUCCCUGUUACAUAGUUUAAUGUUGUUGAGACUGUCCUUCAGGGAAGACUUGGAAAUCCCCCACUUUUUUUGUGAAGUUAAGCAGAUGAUCCAAUUUGCCUGUUCUGACACCUUUCUUAAUGACAUGGCGAUGUAUUUGGCCACUGGACUACUAGCUGGUGGUCCCUUGGCUGGGAUCCUUUACUCUUAUUCUAAGAUCGUGUCCUCCAUACGAGCAAUCCCAUCAGCUCAGGGGAAGUACAAAGCAUUUUCCACCUGCGUGUCUCAUCUCUCAGUUGUCUCCUUAUUUUAUGGCGCGGUCCUAGGCGUGAACUUCAGCUCUGCUGGUACUCACAGCUCACAGUCAAUUGCAGUCACCUCAGUGAUGUACACUGUGGUCACACCCAUGCUGAACCCCUUCAUCUACAGCCUCAGGAACAAAGACAUAAAGGGAUCUCUGAAAAGAGUUUUGGGGAUGGCAGGUAAAUGAGGGACAAUUGCUCUGAUGUUCAAAAUGUGACAUUGAUUGCAAGCUCAGUGUCUCAGAACCAGAAGCUGUUACUGAUCCCGAGGGAUAGACUGGUUUCUUCUCUGUAUUUCCUGGCAUGUCCAUUUCCUUCUAUUUAUGUUCUCUAACAAUUUAAGUAACUAACUUGCUAAGCUUCUGUAAAAUAGGUUGACAGUUUUACCUUUGACCAUUAACAUUAUGAAAGUCUUUCUCAAUCCUGGAUCAGAAGUAUUUGGAAUUUUCCAUAUCUUUCAUGGGAAAUCUUGGAUUUGUCUAAAAUAAUUUCUUCUCAAAUGAUAUAUAUCAUGCCAAGAAAUUUUCCCCUAGUUUAUCUGAAAGUAUUAUCAGAGCUGUAUUACUCAGAUGGACAAAACUACACUUGGCAUCUAAGGACAUUCAUCUCAUUGUACAGGAAAAUAUGAAAGCAGUUUUCACUUUGCGUCUGUUAUUGAUUUUUAUAUCACUAACUUAAGUACUCUUCAUAAUAAUGUAGAGUUUAAAUGCUGUUCCAUUUAAGUCUCAGCCUAUUGAAAUUGCAGGUAUUCACUCUAAAUGCCUGGCACAGUCACCUAGGCCCUGAGUUCUUGUGACACCAACACGAGCCAACAUUGUGGCUGGAUCAUGCUUCUCAGUUAUUAUGAUUGCAUGACACUUCUCAGCCAAACCAUCAGAGAACCUGGUAAAAGAUUACUCAGAUAUUGAAGGGUAUACAGAGUGCUUAAGGCCCACAUGUGAGGUCAUGGGAGAGGAGGUAAAGAAGAGAAAGAUAGAGAGAGGACAUUACUGUGGGCUCUGCAUUUAUUCAGGUCUGAGGGCAGGAUGGAUAGAAUUUCAAAGCUUCAGUCUUUAUUGGUGAAUUUAAAACUUAAGAGCAGGUGUCAGGGUGUGAA